AAAUGCCAGCAAAUUCGACGGAGAAUUCUGUUCCUUCUCAUUAAUUUCUCGCGGCUCCCUUCGAAAUUCAAUUGAUGCAUUUUUUUAUUGAACAAAAAUGUUAAAUGAAACAUAUUUUGCAGAAAAAAAAAUUAUUGAUUUGUAACCGAAAAUUGAUGAUUUCAUUGUAAAAAUCAUUGAAAGCUCCAAUAAAAUUUGAAAGUUCAUCCAAUCAAAGUGUGAACAAUAGGAAAUUCAAUAGCAUUGACGGCAAAAGCCCUCCAUUAUCACCGCCACUAUCACUGCCUGAACCCGCCCUGUGAAUAGGAAUCGAGCGGUCUCCAUGCCUCCCCUCCCCCCCUCUAUUAAUAGAAAAUGUAAUCUCUCCGUAACAGAACCAACCGACUAAUGUUCCAAAUAGAGCAUGACUCCCCAUCAUCGACAGAAUCUUGAACGAAAAUGAAAUAGAAUGUGUUAUCUCUGGGUGUGCAAAUAGGCCGGAGGCUCGCAGGACAGAUAAAGGUACCUCAGUUCCCGCACGAGUGUGCGAUAACGAUAUACCCGUUUUCGUUUCUCAAAUGAGGAAAUGAAAAAAGAAAUGCCCGAGAAAAGUUGAGCACCAAGUUGUACACAUCUUCAAGAGUAGAAGAGGAAGAAGAUACAAAGAGGGGAACACGUCAAUCAGAGGCUAAAGGCGAUGUUGAGCAGUGACGUGCCAUUCUCAGUACAAGUCUAACGAUUCUCUUGUGAGGAGUCUAAUCACAGUGAAAAUAAUAAUAAAAGCAACCCCUUGAAGACGAUGAUACGAUUGAUCUUGGAUGUCCAUUGCCUCGUGUAACGCGAGUUCAAUUUUACUCGUCAAUUUUUCGCCCGAAGAUGAAAAUAAAUCGGAUUAAAUAAUAAUCGGUGGAUGAACCAUGAAAUAAGUCAGCAUUUGACAGUGCCUAGGAUCGAAGGUCAAGAGUCCGAGUGGAUUUUUAACGUUACACGCGCUAGCAUUCGAGAAUCUAAUCACCGCUUCUCACACUGUCUCAUCAUUAUAGUUUUUUUUUCUCCCUUUUGUUUCGUUUCGAGAGGCCGCCAGUCGAUACGAUAACGUGAACCCAGGAGAGUUGAUCGCACUCGAGAGAUCGGUGGUACAUACGACAGCGGAGUGAUUAAUUUCUCCGAUUAUUUGUGGUGAAUUGUAAUGAAUUGAGGGAAGUGGAGAGACGGAACAAUUGGAGUAGUUGACAGCCACGCGAUUCCGCGGUUGAGUGAUGUCUUAACAGUUUAAUAGUGUGUAGUUCAAAAAUUAUUAUCAAGAUGUUGAAAAAUGGAAGGAAACAAAAUAUACCAGAAGUCCAUUGGAGCCCGUACCAUUCACCGCAUGGGUGCCUGGGUUAACGAUAGUUCAGUGGUGGUGAAGGUGGUGAAGGUGGUCCCAAACAAUAAUAACACUAAAAGAACUAAGGAACGUAUUCUGCUCCAUCCCCGUACGAGAACAAAAACGCGACGACGUAUUGUCGCGUUAAAAACUACUAAUGAUAACACCAAGGAUAAUACGUCAAAUAAAACGGUCUUCCAGCAAUUCAAGUACCCUAUCUCUACGAUAUUGUCAUUGCGCCGUCAAUUCAUAAGGCAAUUAUCCGAGUGGCCGAUACAGCCAUUACACAAAUCAAGGACGAAAGCGAUAAACUCACAUUCGUGGGUGAGUGUUUAAAUUACAACUCUAUUGAACGAUAAUUUCCCAAUCAACCCCCAGAAUUGUGGAGGAAAUUCUUUCAGGAUUCUGGCACCAAGGGAAGAAACAUGAAAAUUGAAAAUUGAAGGGGACCUAUGGCCGCUGAGUGGGUCAACCCACAUCACCGAGAUAUCAUUGUAAAAAUCAAGGACAAUGAUAACGAUAAAAAAAGCCCCCAAAUUUUGACAGUAUCGAACGGCAAGAGGCUCGAGCAUCCAAUCAUGGUAGAAGACAACAAAGAGAAGACAAAUCUAGUCUACGAGGAUGGAGGAACGAGCGAGGACAUCAGCAUACUGGAGUAUCGUCGUAGCCCGGACGAAGAGACCGGCGGUGAGAUACGCAGAGAGGCCCGGGAAUCCUUGACAAAGGAGAAAGCUAAACGACUGGACAGCCUCUACACUCGAGAGAUAUCGCUGGAGAAUAAUGAAAGUGUCAAGCUCAACGAGAAUUCAAUACUGGGUGUUCAUGGAAAUAAGUGUCUUCGGGUGAAGUUCAACUCUUCGAGAUGUAAGAGAUCCUCGUCAAAGCGAAAGGAUGACGGUGAGCAUCCUAGUCCUUCGAUAUCAACGUCCAGUAGGUCACCGUCAGCUGGUGAGUCGUCCGAGGACAACUCCAGUCUUGGACAAUUUUCGGAAGCUCGACCACCUGAUGGUGGCUGGGGAUGGGUCGUUGUAGCAGCAUCGUUUAUGGUUAAUCUGAUAGCCGAUGGAAUAACGUUUUCCUUCGGCGUCAUCUACGUCGAAUUUCUGAAUUACUUUGGCGAGGGAAAGUCCAAGACAGCCUGGAUCGGUUCCCUGUUUAUGGCGAUGCCACUAUUGUCAGGACCUGUUGCCAGCUUUCUCACUGACAGAUACGGAUGCAGAAAGGUAUCGAUAGCUGGUAGUGUAUUAGCCACCCUCGGUUUUGUCAUAUCAUCGUGCACAAGUUCAAUGGCUGUUUUGAUAUUUACAUUUGGGGUAAUCGCGGGAUUUGGUUUAUCACUGUGUUUUGUCGCGGCUGUUGUCAUUGUUGCUUAUUACUUUGAUAAAAGACGAUCAUUUGCCACUGGUUUAUCGGUGUGCGGAAGUGGAAUUGGUACUUUUAUAUUCGCACCGCUGACACAGUACCUUCUUGCUGAAUACGGCUGGCGAGGAACGACCCUCAUCCUCGCUGGGUUCUUCUUCAAUUUGGCGGUUUGUGGGUGUCUGAUGAGGGAUCUGGAGUGGACGACGAUAAGGGCUAAAGCCAAGUGCCAGGAGAGAAAACGUAAUCGUGAGAGAAAACGCACUAGUAGAAUUCAGAGCUCCAGCGCUGAUUCGUUCUCAGCUAGUUCUUCAGCAAAUACGACGACCCAGGCGCCUCAUGGAAUCGCCAAUUUUUCGGCGACUUCGGCAAAUCCCAUUGUCCUGGAGAACUCGAGGAAAACUCAUGAGGAUUAUGAUGGCCAGCAUGGAAAGAAUUUUUCUAGUCUUCUCACUCUGCCUACGUUUUUGAAAAAUGGUGAUCAGGUGCCGAUAGAAGUGCUGGAGCUCUUGGCCACCCGAAAGGACGUCUGCAACAUUCUUCUGCAUAAUUAUCCCAGUCUUUUCAUGUCAUCGAGAAGCUUCAGCGACUCGGCGACGUUGAAUGACGGCAAUUCAGCUCUGCCAGUCGUCUGUAAUGACGAUGAUACUUACCAGAAGCUAAAGGACAAGGAGGAAAUUAAUAAUUUGGACAGGAAGAUCCAGGCCAACAGCGAAAAAUUCAAGGAGACUGAUGAGGAUGCAGCGGUCUAUCUCUGGUGGCUUAAAAAAUUACAGCCCGAUGACAGCCAAUUAAAAAGAUCAGGGACUUUCGAGGCACACAGAAGACUGCCAACGGCUUACCUAAGAAACAUUCGGGUUCACAGACAUAGUUUAACUUAUCGCGGUGCUAUGCUCAAUAUCAAUAGGUACAGGCUGAGGGCCUCCAGUUGUCCUGAUAUCUACAGAAAUUCUAUGACCACUAUUGCCAAGACCAAGCUCGUGUGGUACGCUGGCCUUUGGGAAUUUUGGGAUCUCGUCGUUGAUAUGUUGGAUUUCUCACAUUUCGCUGACUCCAGGUUUCUGCUUUUCUCGAUUAGCAAUUUUUUGCUGCAUACUUGGUACGAUGUGCCUUACGUUUAUCUCACUGAUAAUGCGAUUGAGAUGGGAUUCAGCGAGACAGAUGCGUCAAUGCUCAUCUCGGUUAUUGGAAUCACCAAUAUGCUUGGAGAGAUAUUCCUCGGAUGGGCCGGAGAUAAAGUCUGGGUGAAUGCAUCCAUCGUCUAUGCUGUAUGCAUGAUACUCUGUGGUGCUGUAACAAGCAUAAUUCCACUUGUUGUCAGACAUUACUACGCACUGUGCGCUGUUUCUGGUGCAUUUGGUGUUUUCAUUGCUGCAAAUUACAGUCUUACGAGUAUUAUUCUUGUUGAAGUUAUCACGCUAGAGCGCUUCACAAAUGCCUACGGUCUUUUGCUGCUCGUUCAGGGCAUUGCCAAUCUCAUGGGGCCACCACUGGCUGGUUGGCUGUAUGACAUAACAGGAACUUACGACCUAUCGUUCUACCUGGCAGGAUUUUUUAUUGGUCUCAGUGGUAUUCUCCUGAUGGUAGUUCCAUGUAUCGAGAUGUAUCGAAAAUACUACCGUAAAACUAAUGCCAAUCUAUCCACAAAGGAUCUCGCUGCCGACAUUAACAGCGUAUGAGCAGCUGAAGUUUCCUUGAAGAAAAACUCAAUGACUGGCGAAACCAUGAAUUAGUUUAAGUUAAAAUAAAUCAGUACAGAAGAGUAACAAAAAUUACGGUCAUCAGGCCAUCAUAUUUGUUUAUUUAUUCAUUGAUUAAUUCGAACAGUUAUUUAUUUAUCAAUUGUGCUUGCAUGCGCCGAAGGAAUACAGACACUGGAACAGUUGUCAAAAUUUUUUUGGCCUUUGUACGAAGAAAUUGAUGUCGGGAAUUUUUUUUUUCCCUCAUGAAUGAAACUUCCAGUUAAUUAUAACUUUAAUGAGAUAAUUUAUUUCUAGAUCUUGAAUGUAACUCAAUAAUCUUUACGACUCUGUAUGAAUUAGCGAUGAAACAAUACAUAUUGAGAUGAUCGAUGCAUUCGUGCAGGAGAAAUUAAUGAAUAAAGUGUGGUAGAAUUUUUUGAUAAAACUCCGACCCAUUCGAAUCUCAGGAUAAUGCAUUACGUAUGUGAAUAGUUAUAACGAAAUUUUCAAGUAACGCAUACACUGCAUUUAUAAUGGAAUGAUUACAGCGACAAGUGAAAAGCAGGAGUACCACGUGCGAAAACAGUUCGUAGAAAAGCCUAGAAAAUUCGAUACAAAAUAAAAUUCUGCUGAUUAUUUGUAACAAACAGCAUCUAUGGGACAGUCUGUAGAGCUGAAACUCACAGGGAGCUAUGGGAUUCUUCGUCAGAAUCGGUCCUACAUUAAUGGGAUUGUCCUUGAAACUUCCCUAAUAUUCCUUAUCAAAUUAUUUACGUUUUUCUGCGAUAUUUUAUCGUGUGUGAAGAACUGAGAAUAAAUAUACCGUGUUAGCUCUACGUUAUUCACCUGAUUUUGAAUAAUUUUUUCAUGAAAAAUAAAUAUAAUAUAAAGAACGGACCACGGAAUUGGAUCGUUGAGGUUUCGAAGAAAAAUAAUAAUUAUCAUUUUUAUCAAUGUUGAAGCAAUAAAAAAAAUUAACGGAACCUCAGGGUGUCCUUCGCACCUGACGUGAGUAUCGGGAGAUUAAUUCAGCUUGUCUUUUCUCCACGAGACAUUAUUUUGCCAUAUGUCAUGGAGUAUUUCGUACGCUCAUAGACAUUGCAAAUGUAAAUAUUGAUUUGUUCUUGAUAUUGAGAUUUUUUCAUUCAUUUUUUCACUUAUGUCUUUUGUUGGUUUAAAAAUGCAUGUCGUCUAUUUGCAAUAGUCGAGCUGACAUGCUGAAAGUGUAAAUAAUUGACGGAAAAUACUCGCAAAGAGGAAACAAUAGUUUUAUUUGUAUAUAAUAGCUUUCUGUGAUGAUAAAAGAUAAAUAAAAAUUCCAUAGAGUUUUAUGAAUACAACGUGAGUCUAUAGUGAUGUGCUGAGUUGAUUUUAUCGAAUAUGAAAAAUUGAAUGAGAAGUACAUACUCUCACGCAUGGAAUGUUUAAGUAGAAAAAUUUGAGACUUUCUUCGAGAAAUUUCAUUGAACUUCUGCAAGGAGUAUCUUUGAGUUUGGUUGAAAAAUUGCUGGACAAUUCCAUCGGUUUUUGCAAUCAACGGACGAAAAAUAAAUAGAAGUUUUAAAUAAAAUUUCAUGGAGGAGGCAAUAGAUUUUUCUGUUCAAUUUUUUAACACGUGUCUUAUUUUCGAUAAAAUUUCAACCAUUUUCAUUAGCAAAUCUGCAGCGGCCUUACUGGCGUCUUACGAAAUCGGGAGUAAUAUUUUAUUAUAAGAGAUAAUUAUAGUGAUAGAGGAGAAGUUUGAGAACAUUGAAUAAAUUAAAUAUUGUUCAAUUGGUGACCAAAAACGUACGAGUUUAGUAUUAGCCGAAAAACUUUAUGUUCAUUCAAUACUCAUAAUUAAGGACGAAGUUAUUACACGGAAUCAUUCGAAGAUUCUAUUAUUGAAUUGAUAAUUAAACAAUUUUCAAUUUCGCGUCAAUAUUUUCCAUACUCUAGCGAUUAUAAGGGACGGAUUUUCCUAUUAUUCUCAAAUGUAGAGGUCGAAGUAUUGGAAUUUCAAUCAUUUUGGAGUCGUUUGACUGCUAUUCCAUUUCCACAUUGUAUUCGCUGAAUUUUUGUCAUUUUUGAGGCAUUCACGUGGGAAAAGUUUUUAUUGAAAUACUGGUAAAUGAUUCUAUGAAGAACAUCCAUAAAAAUUCAAGUAAAAUAACAAUUUUUAAGUUUAAAGUUUUCGUAAAUUAUAACAAGAAAUUUUUUUAAAUUCUGUUAUGAGACAGUUGAUUGAUUUCUCUUUGCCAAAUUUUUUAUCCGUAAUUUUCUAAAGGCAGUAUCUGAUGGGUUUUCAAAGGCUCAUUUUCCCAGAAAUUCUAUUUUUCCAUGCGUAAGCCUCCGACCAGUGCCCUAAUCACGAAGAAAAAAUAUAUUUCCCUGAAAUCGGCCCGAUCCAUAUAAUAUAAGAUAUUUAGCAUGAAAAAUUAUACCUUGAGACAAAUCAGGCACAUCUACCAUAUUCAAAGCAUUUGUCAAAUAAAAAUUAUGAUCUAAAUUA